AGAAAAAAUAAUUCUUUUUGAAGACUUUUUGGUAUGGAUAGGGAGUCUGUCACUGGAAAUGUAAUUUUCUUCAAGGAGAAGGGGCUUGAGAGAAUGCCUCAGAUAUUGGCCUGCUUUGUUUAUUGUCUGUAGAGAUGAAAGUUUUGGUAGAUUUUGAGACGCUAAACCCAUGUGGAGUACAUAGAAGUAGAUUCUCUUUAUUUCUGUAGCUGAAGUGGGAGUGUUUGCUGUUUCCUUUAGGAAGCGUUGGUGGCUUUUUCUUUAAAUCUAUUGUGAAUUAUUUUAAUCAGUGAUUAAAAUAAUUACUUGCAUUUUCUUGUGUUUUUAAAUGAGACAUUGUCUGCUCUAUGUAAGUCUUCCAAUACCACUCUGAAGUGUCACAAAUGCAUUAAAAGUCUCUACUGGAAAAUGCCAGUAAUGCCAAAUGUUGGUACGUCCAGGUGAGGUUUUCCCUACUGCUCGGUAUGUGUUGUUUAAACUGUUAUGUAAUUAUGCAUUUCCAGGUUAAAUGCAGAACCUGACGGAUGGCAGAAGCUACUGUAACAUCAUGGACAAGCUGUCCAUCUGUUCUGAGACUCAGCACGUACAGCUGGCUAGGUCUUUUUGUGCUGACCCAGUGCUCACAUUUCACAUGUGCCCAGAAACACCAAGCCAGGUCACUUGCUCUGAAGAUUUGCCAUUCCUUCCUUUCAUGUCUGAGCAUCUCAUCAUGGAGAAUUUCUACAGUGAGCCCUAUGCCUUUCCCUACCAAAUGCCCCAUUCCAAUUACCGCAGAAGUGAGUACUCCUAUGGGACAGCAUUCAUCAGAAAGAGGAAUGAGAGGGAAAGGCAGAGGGUUAAAUGUGUCAAUGAAGGCUAUGCUAAACUGAGGCAUCACCUACCCAAGGAAUACUUGGAGAAACGCCUCAGCAAAGUAGAGACACUCCGUGCUGCUAUAAAAUACAUUAGCUAUCUGCAGUCCGUUCUGUACAGUGAUUCUGUGGUGGCAGAAAAAAGUGUCAUGGAGCCAAGCACCUGUAGCAAUUAACAAACAAAACCAGAUUUCAAAGACUAUCUGAACCAUUCCAAACCAAGCAAAAGGUAUCCUGUCUGGGAACCUACUGUAUUAUUAAUGAUGUGCAUGUUCCUGGUGCAUCUUAGAAGUAGAUCAUAGUGCGAGUCAGUAUAGGCCUGCACAAAAGAAUUUUACUUAUGAAGAAAGUAACUACAUUUAGAUAUGAAAAAGACAGCUGAAGAAGUCUGAUGUGAAUGGCCUAAGUUAGUUAAUUUAUGGAAAUCACAAAGCAUUUAUAAAGUUGUCACCAAACCAAGCAUGUAAUAACCUGUACAUGUGGAGUGACUGUGUGUGUCAUCUCAUCACAACCUGCACACUUGAAAAUAAAAUCUGUCUGCUGAUGGGACUGAGAUUCCUCUUGUUUUCUGUAAUGUGACUGGUUUACUCUCACAGGUACUUUCUUAAAAACUUUUUGGCCUAAUUGCCAGUGUUUCUCUUAAAAGGUCUUUUUAAAGCUUCCUAGGGAUGUUGUUAGGUGCCAGCAGAAAGGAUAACUUAGUUUAAAAGGGGGGAAAUAAAGAGGGUAGCAGCUUUAUGAAGCAUGUUACUGAACAUAGAGCAUAAUUAAUGUCGUGCAAGUGUUGUUCUUAUUAAUGAAUGCUUUAAUUCCAUUAUGAACUGUUCUGUAGCCUUGUUUCUAUUAAAAAUUGGAUAUUUCUUCAGCUCUUAGUGCUGUUAAGGAUUACUAGGACUACUCAUACAAUACACAGUAUAAGGAUAGUUGGCAAGGGAGAAUUGCCUUGGGCACAGGGUGUGUGUGUGGGAAUAAUCCUGCAACAGAAAAUUUUGUGGACUUUUACUGAUAAUGGUUGAGGUCUGGGGUGGUCUUCCCUGACCAGCCAGUCUGUUUCCCUGUACUACUGAUGGUUUCAGCUAAAUGGUAUGGAAUAGAUUUGUGGGAAGAGAGUUUAGCUCUUAACUGGCAGAAUGUUCUUAAUAUUUGCUGUAUGUAAGGGUAUUCUGCUAUUGAUCCUCUGCUGACAGCAUGAGAGCAAGUCUGUGGCUGCAGCAGAAUGUAGAGAAAAUGGUUACAGGCUUCCUAAGUGCUGUAUCCUUGUCCCUAAUUGCAGUCACCCCCUCUGUUAUCUUGUUUUUAUA